GAUCUUUUUAAAUGAAAAGUGUUAGAAUUACAAGCUAACUGUACAUACUUUUAGUUUAAAUGCUUUUUAAUCUUAUCUAAAAAUAUUUGAGCUAUAAUUAUUUUAGUAAUUCUUCUAUUUCUUUGGACAAAUGGAACUUUUCUAAAACUAAAGAGUAUUUUUAUUUUUAAAACACAAGUAGAAUGAUUAUAAGUAGGAUUUUAAUAAGUUUUGGAAAGUAGCUGUUUUAAUUUUUUAAUUGAGAAAUAUUUGGAAAAAUAAAAAAUAUUGAAAUAUUUUACAAGGUAAACACACGCAUAAAUGUAUAAACUUGCUUUAUAGGUUUCAAAAUGUAUGUUUACAUAUCACUGUAUUUUAUCUUCACAAUUGUUCUAUAAGUUUGUGAAAUCAUAGAAGAAAACUGAUUUCUUAGUGAGGUUACAUAAGGACAUGCUAGCAUUUUAUAAAGCUGGGACCCAAACCCAAGUGGUUGUACCUGUUUUCUGUCUUGGUUAGUAUAUACGCUCAUCAACCAGCAUAUGCAAUCUACCAAUUAUUUUUUCUAGGAGUUAGGGUUGAUUUGCAACUGAUUUCUCUGUUUGGUAAUGUUUUAUGACCCUGCUGUGGUUUAUGAAAUGCUUGACUUGACUUAGUGCUGUAAAUUGUGGCCAGGAAAGUAAGCAGAGCUUGCACAGAGUAGGGGGAUCUUAAUUUGUGCUGUGACUAAUUGAGCUAUACAAAUGUAUUAUAUAUAGAUGAAAGGUGCAGAAAUAGUGAUGGCUUCUUAGAUUUUCCUGUACUAGUGUCCUGUAAUUCCCUUAUCAUUUGUGAAGGAAAAUACGUAUUUAAGGCUACAGAAGUUUUGUUCCUUAAUUUUAAUUCAUAUUUAUUUAUUUUAGGGGAAAAGGUUUUAAAAUGGCAUAAAUAUGGUGGGAAAUAAGCUAUUCUUUACGUUUUCAAGAAGGGCAGAGUCAAGAAUUUUUCAGAAAAUAAUGCUUCUUAAUUAUAUACUCUUAUGUUUAUUAAUUAUGUGCCAGCCUUGUAUAUAAACAUUUGUUAAAGGCACAUGUAAUUAGUUAAGAGAGUUUUUAUUUUAAUAAGGUCAUAUUAUUUGUACUAUAUUUAAACAGCUUUCAUUCCUGAAUGAAGCGUAUCAUUGUAUCUCAGUCGCUAGAAUUUCACUGUGUUUCUUGUUGGCUUCCACAGCUUGGGGAAAAAUAGAUAAAAAUAAAAACUGUCUUAUUUGAAUUUCUCUUAAUACAUUACUAUUUGUUAUAUAUUCAACAGUAGUUGGCAACUUAAUUAAUUGCAUCUUCAUUAGGAAAACUAAAAAGCAUAAGACACAACUUCUGCCUACUGUGAAUAAACACAUAAAUGGUAAGAUAACAUAGUGUGCCACUUGAGGACUGUAGUACUAUGUGUACAACAUGUUAACUAAUUAUCCUAACAACAACUGUAGGACGUGUAGAUGUUAUUGCUCCAUAUUAACAGUUAAGAAAACUAAAAAAUCGGCAAUGAGUAUCCUGUCCCAGAUUUUAGACCUCAGGAAACAAGUCAGUGGAGCUAAUUAAAGGUCCCAGGGCCAAAGGCUGGGGUGGCCCACUAAUAGUUGCUAAGUUUAAUUACCUUUGCCCUAAAUGGCUUGGAGACAUCCCUUAGCCCUGAGCCAGGGGAUCGGGAUCGGCCUACUGGCUUAGUAAACACGGGCGGCGUGUCUCCCUACCUCUGCCCGGUGCUGGUGUUUUUCCUCCCGCCCGAGUUCGACUUUUCUUUACCCGGCCCCGCCCCGCCCCUUCGCCGGGCGGAAGGAUCAGCCCCGCCCCUUCGUGGCUGCCUUUCAUCUGCGACCCCGUCGCUUAGAGUGUCGUCACCUGUCUUGGCCGCUUUCAUUGGUCCAUUUCAAUAGUCGCGGGAUACUUGAACUGCAUGAACAGCCGCCGCUGCGGCGGGCAGCUUGCUACAAGUCGGGCACGACUUUGGCCCGCCACGCCUGGCCGUGCCUGCCCGCGCCUUUCACGACCUCCUCGGUCCUACGUGGUCCGGAGCCCGGGGAACAGGCGGGCGGGCAGGCAGGCUGGCUGGUUGGCUGGCCUGGGCUGCAGCGGGUGGCUACAGCUGGAGUGCUGCUCGGCUGAGUUGGAGCAACUGGUCGACGGAGCGGAGUGCACGCUGCUUGGCGCCGCAGGUUGAUCUUGCCGCCCGCCCCCGGGAGCAGUGAUGUUGGGCAACUCUGCGCCCGGGCCUGCGGCCCGCGAGGCAAGCUCGGCACUGCUAACAUUGAAGCACACGGCGCUCCAAGAGGAUCAGGAGAACAUCAACCCGGAGAAGGCGGCGCCUGCCCAGCAACCGCGGACCCGGGCCGCGCUGGCUGUACUGAAGGCUGGUAACCCGCGGGGUCCCCCGCCACAGCAGAGACCCAAGACGCGACGGGUUGCACCUCUUAAGGAUCUUCCUAUAAAUGAUGAGCAUGUCACUGUUCCUCCUUGGAAAGCAAACAGUAAACAGCCUGCAUUCACCAUUCAUGUGGAUGAAGCAGAAGAAGAGACUCAGAAGAGGCCAGUGGAAUCCAAAAAAACAGAAUCUGAAGAUGUCCUGGCUUUUAAUUCAGCUAUUACUUUACCUGCACCACGAAAACCACUUGUACCUCUUGAUUAUCCAAUGGAUGGUAGUUUUGAAUCACCGAAUACUAUGGACAUAUCAAUUGUAUUAGAAGAUGAAAAGCCUCUUAGUGUUAAUGAAGUACCAGAUUACAAUGAGGAUAUUCACACAUACCUUAGAGAAAUGGAGGUUAAGUGUAAACCUAAAGUGGGUUACAUGAAGAAACAGCCAGACAUCACUAACAGUAUGAGGGCCAUUUUGGUGGAUUGGUUAGUUGAAGUAGGAGAAGAAUAUAAACUACAAAAUGAGACUUUGCAUUUGGCUGUGAACUACAUUGAUAGAUUCCUUUCUUCAAUGUCUGUGUUAAGAGGAAAGCUUCAGCUUGUGGGCACUGCUGCUAUGCUGUUAGCUUCAAAGUUUGAAGAAAUAUACCCCCCAGAAGUAGCAGAGUUUGUGUACAUUACAGAUGAUACAUAUACCAAGAAACAAGUUCUGAGAAUGGAGCAUCUAGUUUUGAAAGUCCUUUCUUUUGACUUAGCAGCACCAACAGUAAAUCAGUUUCUUACUCAAUACUUUUUGCAUCUGCAGCCGGCAAACUGCAAAGUUGAAAGUUUAGCAAUGUUUUUGGGAGAAUUAAGCUUGAUAGAUGCUGACCCAUACCUAAAGUAUUUACCAUCAGUUAUUGCUGGAGCUGCCUUUUAUUUAGCACUCUACACUAUCACGGGACAAAGCUGGCCUGAAUCAUUAGUACAAAAGACUGGAUAUACCCUGGAAAGUCUUAAGCCUUGUCUCAUGGACCUUCACCAGACCUACCUCAAAGCACCACAACAUGCACAACAAUCAAUAAGAGAAAAGUAUAAAAAUUCAAAAUAUCAUGCAGUUUCUCUCCUCAACCCACCAGAGACAUUAAAUCUGUAACAGUGGAAGAUUGCCUUUUUCUAAGAUGUAAAUCACUCAAAGUAUAUGAUGUACAGUUUUUAUCUUAGGUUUUAAUUCUACAAUCAUUUCUAAAUACAGAAGUUAUGGCCUAGUACAAAUUAUGGUAGUAACUAUUACUUUUUAAAUGGUUUUAAUUUGUAUAUCUUUUGUACAUGUAUCUUAGACAUUUGGCUAAUUUUAAGUGGUUUUAUUAAAGUAUUAAUGAUGCCAGCUGUCAAGAUAGAAUUAAUAAAUUGAUGUGGAAAACUUUGC